AUGACUAAGCCUAUUUCACAAGAGUUGAAACUUAACGUAUCCUACUUUUAUCGAGAUGACGAGACUCGGCGUCUCAUUACCGCCGAAGAUGCCACACAGCUGAAUAUUAUGAAUGAUGAUGAGUACUAUUCACGAGGAGAAAAAUAUUACGAGUGCUAUGUCUGCCGCUCAUAUUAUCAAAUGUCGCGUUCAUCUCUGUUGGCUCUGUUGUUGUUUUGCACUCUGGCCGUAGCUGUUAUCAUGGUUACAGUAGUACUUCUAUGCACAUUUGCUUCGAUGUCAUCUGAAUACAAGGAUGAGUCGGAUGCUGAAGUCGUUGGAGUGAUCAACUGGUUGCACUACCCUAUUGGCGAUCUCUCACUGCGGAGAGAACUUGGUAUAUGCAAGCAUUCACCACUUAGUCAUGGAGAGCAUUCUCCACGACUAAUUGGUGAACGAUAA